GUUGUCAUUAGUGUCAUUUUGACUCAUUUUCGAUUCGUCGUAUCUUGUAAUGGUCGAAGUAAUUUUCAAAAAGACGAUUCUCAAACUGUGGUAGCAAAAUCGAAAUCUCCAAAUAGUUAUUAGACGUAUAAUCGAGCUUCAGACAAAAUGGCUUUAAAUCCUCAAUACGAUGCUAUCGGCAAAAGUUUUGUCCAACAAUACUAUAUGAUGUUUGACGAUCCUAUACAAAGAGCUAAUCUGGUUAAUAUGUACAACGUAGAACAUUCAUUUAUGACUUUCGAAGGAAAGCAAUUACAAGGAUCGGUGAAAAUAAUGGAGAAAUUUGAGUCUCUCGGAUUUCAAAAAAUAUCUAGACAAAUUACUGUAGUAGAUUCACAGCCCAUGUUUGAUGGAGGGGUGUUAAUAAAUGUGUUUGGCAGAUUACAAGCUGAUAACGAUCCACCUCACGAUUACAAUCAAGUGUUUGUUUUAAAACCAUUGAACGGUUCAUUUUUCGUUCAACACGAUGUAUUUAGGCUGAACAUCCACAACACAGCUUGAGGCCUCCAUUACAAAAUGUAUAAUUGCUGUUUUUAAUUUGAAGAACAUGUUUCGCUUGUAACCUUCAUAAUUUUUCACUAUACGAACAUAUUU